AUGGGUUGGUCAGUUCUAUUCCAACGUCUUACUGUUACCACUGGUAUUGUUGUAAUUUUCGGUGGCGUUGCUUUGGGAGCAUAUAAACUACGCCAGUCAAGUGAUUCAUUGCGUGGGCGUGGAAUCUAUUGGAGGAAUCAGGAAAUGGAUGAUUUUGUACGCUGUAAAGAGGAAAAUUUGAAACGGACAGCUACGCCAUAA